AUGGUGCUACCGGACACAGGUGAGUGGAGUCCAGACGACAUCGAUGCAAAUGAACCAGAGAAGGAUUGUAGAAUGGAGAUUAGCCCGGAAGGUGGGCCGGAGAAUGUUGGUGCGACGCAACAGGACUUCAAGAAUUACAGAAGAGAUCUAUUAGCGUACAUGAAAUGGGGAGAUGUGCAAAUGGUUAUAUCAAACUAUCUUGAGCUGAAAACAGAGUGCGCUGACAUGUACUUCGAGUACGAGGUGAACACAAAUGAUCAAUUAGCUCGUGUCUUCUGGGCGGAUGGAAUGGCAAGGAAAAACUAUGGUGCGUUUGGUGACGUGGUAUCCUUUGAUGCAACGUACAAAACGAAUAGGUACCACCUUGUGUUUGUCCCAUUCACGGGAGUAGACAACCACAAAUGA